AUGAAGGUCUCUGCUGCCAUGCCUCAACAACCACGCCACAAUCUCCAUAGACGGGGUCAAUCUUUCGAUCUUCAACGAAGCCCCAUACGGAAGCAACAGCAUGGCAGCACGGUAAGUAUGACUAACCUAGGACCAAUCCACGGACAACAGAUUUUGCGGGAAGCGCAGCAGCAACGAAUAGCAAGACCGGGCCAGCAGCAACCAAACAUGAACAUGGAACUACCCAUCUCUCCAGAUUGUGGUAUGUUCCCGGUGACCACAUCAAUGCCAACGUCGCCGUACAACAACAUGAGAAUGAAUGCAAUCAUGCAACAGAACUCUCCAGGCAUGACCUUUUCGCAUUCCCAACAAUACUUUACCGAUCUCAACAUGUCAAUGCAAAACGGGGUGCCAACGGGACUCAUGGAUGAGAACAGCCUCCAAUAUUUCCAUGAAGCUCAGGCACCUCAGUUUCAGCAAGGUGUCGGUAUCUCCUUUGACAAUCGAAGAAUGUCACAGCCAGAUCUGCGGGUUCAGACCCAGCUGCGACCUCAUACACCUUCACAUCAAAUCCAGUCUGCACAACUUCCUCUUACACCUCCUUUCAGUCAACACAACCCAGCCGUUCAGUACUCACGGUCAUUACAAGCAUCACCUGCCCUGCAAUCGCCCUUUCCAGUGCCUAUGACACGGGGUAAGUCCCUUCAAGGAAUCAUCGAGCACGAGGAACUGGGAGCCGAGCCCAUCGGAUCACCAACCAAACCUUUGUUUGAAAUGGCCGAGAUGCCCCUGCCUGAACCACGGAGACGCGCCGGGACCCCACCAGCGGCCCGGCAAACAGAGCCAACGAAGGUCAAGGUUGAGUCGAGCCCAGGAGAGCAUGAUGAGUUGGAGGCUGAAGUACCCAAGCUCGAAGACAUGGUUGUCCCAGACUUUUCAGCCAAGAAGGCACCAGCAGGCAGUGCUUCGCCUGGAAGGCCAGCACUUUCACCCCGCCGUAUGUCGAUCUCGGACCUCAAUCUGGAACCAGGAAUCGAGGCAUCAAUUGAGGAGACCAAUAUCACGCUUGAUGACAUUGCACAAUUCAUCGAAGGUCCAGAUCCAGUGGACAACAAAUGGGUCUGCAAGUAUGAGGAUUGCAACAAGAGAUUUGGCCGCAAAGAAAACAUCAAAUCACACAUCCAGACGCAUCUCGGUGAUCGUCAAUUCCGAUGUGAUCAUUGCAAGAAAUGCUUCGUCCGAGGCCAUGAUCUGAAACGCCAUGCCAAAAUCCACACGGGUACAAAACCAUAUCCGUGUCUCUGCGGAAACUCAUUCGCUCGACAUGACGCAUUGACUCGACAUAGACAAAGAGGAAUGUGUAUUGGUGCCUUUGACGGUGUUGUCAAGAAGGUGAUGAAGCGUGGCAGACCGAGAAAGCAUCGACCGGAGAUGGAUGAACGCCUAGACAAAGCCAAUCGAACCAGGCAGAGAACCGUCGAGCAGCACAAUGAUCCUUACACAUCUUCGGCGUCGAGCUGCUCCAUGUCAAGCUGGGGUUCACCGCCAACGGAGACGAUGGACAAUCUGAGCAUCCGCGGAUCGUCGCCUUUCGAUAACAUGGCCCUCUUUGGUAUGCCGCAGCACAAUCUCCUCAACAUGGAUCAGAUGAUGGGCUUUCCUCCCGACACGUUCUCCUUCACCCCUCCACAUAGUCCAGGAUAUUCGACCGGCAACAAGCCUAGUCCUGUCUACCGGGAGUUGACACCAGCAGAGCUAGGCGAGAUUCCAGAGCUGCAACAUAGUGAUGGGUCACAAAUGUUGCCAGACCUUCCGACCAUGGAUAAUGGCUUGCCGAUGAUGGGUGCUACCAUGAACAUGUCUUCAGGACAGAGUUUGCCCAGUCUUUCACACUCGUGUUCAUCACCUGCCGCUGAUAUGGUGGCUUUUGAUUUCUCGGACCUGCCAACCAACACCACCUCGACCAUACAUUCACCGCAGCUGCCUGUCAAGAUGGAGCAGCACGAAAGGAAUGACUUUGACAACUUCCUCGACUAUGGUGGGAUGGAGAUGGGUCUGGAUCCUUCGUCGCAGGACUUCUUCUCCAUUUGA